AUGCUUGCUGGAAUGUCGGUUGUCGCAGCAGGCCUCAUUGGAUUUUACUUCGCGCAGUUUCAUGUCCAGGGUAAGCGUAACCCUGCAGAAGUAAAGAAUCUGUCAGAGGUACCCACCUGGCAAUUGCGCCACGCCCAACAACAGCCUGGGACCGUGCCGCCCAAUCCUGCUAAAGAUUCUCACAACUUCGCGCACCAGAUGCCCGAUCAUGAGCCUAAGCCAACUCGUCUACCUCUUCCGGGAAAGGAGGGAGAGGCAGGAGGCAUCGUUGCAGAGGCGCUGACGAUGUCGAGCGGGAAAGGCUCGGACGAGACCCAGAAUCAUUCCAACCAUAUCGCACAGCCGGCGCCGACAAAGAGGAAGAAUGAUGCGGGGAAAACAUAUACUAAGGCGCGUGCUGUUUUUGGUACCAACCGCCAGCCAGUGUGUGAGAGCUGA